UCCAGGGCACGCGCUUGCGCUCAUGGUUGAGGAUGGGCAGGCUGUGGGUCCGGGUCCGCUCGCUGGCGCUGUGGGUGGUGAGCAAUGGUGGGUUGUAUUGAACCGGGCCUGGCCCGGGCGCCGAGCUGGAGGGAGUGGUGGUGAGGGGCCGCAGAGGCUGCGGCAUUCGGUUUGGCUGAUUGAGGAGUCGGCACGCAGCAGGUUUGGAAACUCAGAUCCACGGACAAGGUUUGACUUGUUCAACGUCUCGAAGAUAAUUCAAGGAGCCAUGAGGGGUCAGCGGAGCCUGCUGCUGGGCCCAGCCCGCCUCUGCCUGCGCCUGCUUCUACUCCUGGGCUACAGGCGCCGCUGCCCACCUCUGCUCCGGGGCCUGGUGCAGCGCUGGCGCUAUGGCAAGGUCUGCCUGCGCUCCUUGCUCUAUAACUCCUUUGGGGGCAGUGAUUCUGCUGUGGAUGCUGCCUUUGAGCCUGUCUACUGGCUGGUGGACAACGUGAUCCGCUGGUUUGGGGUGGUGUUCGUGGUGCUGGUGAUAGUGCUGACAGGCUCCAUCGUGGCCAUCGCCUACUUGUGUGUCCUGCCUCUCAUCCUUCAAACCUACUCAGUGCCACGACUCUGCUGGCAUUUCUUCUACAGUCACUGGAAUCUGAUCCUCAUUGUCUUCCAUUACUACCAGGCCAUCACUACUCCACCUGGGUACCCACCCCAGGGCAGGAAUGACAUUGCUACAGUCUCCAUCUGUAAGAAGUGUAUUUAUCCCAAACCUGCCCGAACACACCACUGCAGCAUCUGCAAUAGGUGUGUGCUGAAGAUGGAUCAUCACUGCCCCUGGCUAAAUAACUGUGUGGGCCACUAUAACCAUCGGUACUUCUUCUCUUUCUGCUUUUUCAUGACUCUGGGCUGUGUCUACUGCAGCUAUGGAAGUUGGGACCUUUUCCGGGAGGCUUAUGCUGCCAUCGAGAAAAUGAAACAGCUCGACAAGAACAAACUGCAGGCGGUUGCCAACCAGACUUAUCACCAGACCCCACCACCUACCUUCUCCUUUCGAGAAAGGAUAACUCACAAGAGCCUUGUCUACCUCUGGUUCCUGUGCAGUUCUGUGGCACUUGCCCUGGGUGCCCUAACCAUAUGGCAUGCUGUUCUCAUCAGCCGGGGUGAGACUAGCAUCGAAAGGCACAUCAACAAGAAGGAAAGACGUCGACUGCAGGCCAAGGGCAGAGUGUUUAGGAAUCCUUACAACUAUGGCUGUCUGGACAACUGGAAGGUAUUCCUGGGUGUGGACACAGGAAGGCAUUGGCUUACCCGGGUGCUGUUACCUUCUAGUCACUUGCCCCAUGGGAAUGGAAUGAGCUGGGAGCCCCCUCCCUGGGUGACUGUUCACUCAGCCUCUGUGAUGGCGGUGUGAGCUGGGUUGUGCCAGCCACAACUUGAGUAUUUGUUCUGCUGCCUCCAAGGGCAGCUUUCCUUGGAAUCCUUCAUCAAAAGGAACCAGUGGGCCUGCCUUUGGGUACUAUGCAGGGACAACUGAAGGACCAACCUGGCCACUGCAGAAGCAAGAUACAAUGUGGAGAAAUCCUAGGACUAAAAUCCCUUUACUCAGGCAAACAAGUUCCAGCCCCAGCCUAGGGGUCAGGCAGCUAGCUACCUUGCCUGGUGCUGAUCUGAUGUUCUCCAUAUCUCAGCACUGGGGCUGGCUAUCACCUCUUCUACUUGUAGUUUGGGAAAACACCUGAGGGAUCCUGGGAUCCUGGCUUCUUACUGGGGCAAAGACAACAUGCCUGCUGCCCAAGUCACUGCCACUUCUCACCUGCUAAUGAAGGGAACAAAAAUAAAGGUGUUUGAUUUGUA